UGCGCACGAGGAGCCAGCUCCGAGCUUCCGUUCGUGCGUCUGCACGAGGUGGGAGCGACAUGGACACCUCGGCUGCGACCCAGGCGUCCGCCUCAACCGCGGCCUCAGCCACGACUCCAGCGACCCCGGCCGCCCUGGAGCAGCUGGACACAGAGCAGAUUAAAAAGGCAGUGGACGCUCUGUUGGCACAUUCCAGGUCCAGGAAAAACACGAAUGGAUUGCUUUUGAAUGAAAAUGAAAAUUUCUUUUUAAUGGUGGUGUUAUGGAAGAUUCCAAGUAAAGAACUCAGGGUCAAAUUGGCCUUGCCCCAUGGUAUUCGAUCAGAUUUAGCAGACAUCUGUUUAUUUACCAAGGACGAACCCAAUGUAACUCCUGAAAAGACAGAAAAUUUUUAUAAAAAGCUUUUGAACAAGCAUGGAAUUAAAACCAUUUCUCAGAUUAUCCCCCUCCGGACUUUAAAAAAGGAAUAUAAAGCCUACGAAGCCAAGCUGCGCCUCCUGGGCAGCUUCGACCUGUUCCUCACUGACGCGCGAAUCAGGCGGCUGCUGCCCUCCCACCUAGGGAGACAUUUCUAUAACAGGAAGAAAGUUCCAAUCCCUGUGAAUCUUCUGGCCAAGAAUUUAUCCAGAGAGAUCAACGCGUCUAUAGGUGGCACUGUCCUAAACAUCUCCAAGAGUGGUUCUUGCAGUACUAUCCGCGUCGGUCACACUGGAAUGCAGGUUCAGCACAUCGUGGAAAACAUUGUUGCUGUCACGAAACGGCUUUCACAGAAAUUGCCAGAGAAGUGGGAGAGUGUGAAACUCUUGUACGUGAAAACUGAGAAAUCGGUCGCCCUUCCCAUCUUCUCUUCAUUUGUCAGCAGUCAAGAUGAAGCCAAAGGCGUGUGCACUCCUAGUCAGAAGAAAAAAGAAGCAAAGAAAAAACAAAAAAGAAGAGAAUAUUUUGACAAACAAACGGCGAAGAAAAGAAACAAGGGGCCCACGAGAUGGGCUGAGAAGAAGGCUAAAGCCGUCCCAGCUACAGAGCAGGCGGCCCCUGCCACUGGUGUUCCAGCGAAGGGUCCUGCACUCCAGAAGGCGGAGACCCCAGAGCAUGAGAAGACAGAGGCCAGCGGAGGAAGAGCCCAAGUUAAAGUGCAGGACGAGUCUGAAGAUGAAAUUCCAGUGCUGGUACCACUGGGGAAAACUCCCGCGAAAGAAAACGUGGAGAUACAAAAGCAUGCCACAGGAAAGAAGUCUCCAAAACAGAGUCCUGGCCCCAAAACACCUCGUGGGAAGAAGAGAAAGGCCGUCCCAGCUUCGGAGCCCCCGAAAGCUGCAGAGCCCGAGACCCCAGGUAAAGGCCCAGGGAAGAAGCCAAGAGUCAAAGAAGAGCUGGAGAAAGAAAGGAACUCCUCACUGGGGAAGAAAGACCCAAGGCAGACUCCCAAAAAGCCAGAGGCCAAGUUCUUCACGACUGCUGGUAAAUCUGCCAGAAAAGCUUCCCACACCCCCAAACAGGGCCCAAAAAAACCCAGGGUGCCCCAGUCGACCGAAAUCAGUGACUCACCCGGAAGGAAGCCUCAGAGAUCCCGAAGAGCUGUUGGCCCCCGUUGCAGCCUUCUCCAAGAGCGAGGCCUGGACUUAAAGAUUUUGAAAACCCCCACAAGUAAUUCUGGUCUAUGUUCAUGGGCGUCAGAAACAGUCGCUUGAAGUCAGUCCACUUUUUUUUAUUGCUCUUCUGUGUAUCUGCUAAUGUAAUAGCGGGAAAAUACCCUGCUUCUCUGUGGUGGUGUUUUUAUUAUUAAAGUGUAACCUUUGCUCUCAGUGUGCUAUAGGCA